UACAAAGCUGUAUGUGUUCAGCAACAAGGCUUACGUUAAACCACCGGGAUCUGCACCUAUUCCCCCCACAACCACACCUGUCAGACACUGGUGGUGGGAGAACUUCAACACUCCUCUGUUCAGGACAACUAUGUGACAUGGAUCUUUCUCUGUUGGUGGCAUUCUGCUCCUGUGUUUCUCCUGCUUUGGGGUCAGGAUUUGGCAGGGAGAUGCCAGGGUCAUCUAUAGGCAGGGACAUGCCAGCAUCGACGAUGGAUGAAAAAGACUAUGACGCUGCGUUUCACUAUGACUAUGAAUCUCUGAGGAUCGGUGGACUGAUCUUCGCUGUGGUAUUGUUUGUCAUGGGCAUUGUCCUCAUCGUCAGCCGGAAAUGCCAAUGCAAAUCAAGUCCGAAGUCACGGCCUGUUGGGGUACCUGAGGCACUGACAGAGGCAGGGCCUGUGACAGGUCCUCAGUGAUGUGAAGUCUCGCCACCAGGCGGCAGCAUCGGACAGUAGAGGACUACUAUGGCCAUCUCCCAGAAAGCACAAGGCUCCUUUUUUAAAUUCCAUCCUGCUGAUAUGUUCUCUUGAAAUUUUUUGCUUUUCUCUUUUUUUCUAUAUGAAUGAAUCUACAAUGACAGAACUUUUAGGAAAUAAUUGGUUGAUGCAGUAGGGUUGUUUUAAUUGUAGGCUAUAUAUUAAACCUCCUGUCAUAUGUGAUAAACACACAUGAACAAGUGAUUUUGUAAGUUAGAACUUGACUAUUUAUGACUAUUUUAAAUUGUAAUAUUUCCAGACUGUUAAAUAAAGUGAUGUAGAUUGGUAA